CCUGCCUGAUAACAAAUCUCGCUCUGACGUUUCUCCGGAACUUUUCGACAGAAAAUCAGUAAAAACUGUGUUCCGCAGCGAAAAACAUCAUUUUACGCGAUCAAAGUUCGCCUUCACCGCGAUUUUUUUAUAGAAUUUUGUUGAGUUCAGCAGUUAAUUGGUGUCAAAAGUGCUGCGUUUGCUUUGUUUUUACAUUUAAAGUAUCGAUUUAUUGAUCUAAAGUUUUUUUUUGUGCUGAUGCAAUAAGCAAAAAUGGCUAAAAAAUCGGGAAAUAGCGGAGUUGGAAGCUCACUUGUGCGAUUAUUUCAUUUAAUCGGCGCCCUGCAAUUCGGAUUUUCCGUUUAUUAUGACUACAUGUACGUUCAUAUCCCGGAUGGGCUUCGCGGCGACACUCCACGACUCUCGACCAGCAAUUACGGGGGAAAGUUUAAGUAUUUGACAUUUAUUGACGCUAUUUUACAAGCACUUUACUACACGGUCGCUUUACUCAAUGACUUUGUUGGCUCGAAUGAAGUUGCACCGAAGCCAUUCCCGUUCAUCCGGAAGGUCAAGGAUUAUUUUCUCGCAGCUUUUGCAUGGCCCAUUGCUUGUAACGUAGCGAUCACGUUCUGGAGCAUUUAUGCCGUCGAUCGUGAACUCAUCUUCCCCAAAGUCCUCGAUUCCUUCUUCCCGGACUGGCUGAACCACGUGAUGCAUACCAACAUCCUCAUUUUCAUCGUGAUUGAGAUGUGUGUGUCCUUCCGCCAGUAUCCGACACGCAAAAACGGCUACUUGGGCUUGUCCCUUUUCAUGGCAGUCUAUCUCGUGUGGAUUCACGUCAUCUACUACAACUCCGGCAUCUGGGUUUAUCCCGUUUUGGAGGUCUUGGCGUUGCCGUUGCGCAUCUGUUUCUUCGCCGGCGUCUUCGCUUUCUCGCUAUUUUUAUACAGAAUCGGGGAAUUCUUCAACGAUCUCAUCUGGGUGAAGGAACUCAAGUCGUUGAAAGCCAAAAAAGCGCAUUAAAUAAGAUUUUUUUCACGCGAAUCAUUAAAUUUUUUGAGAUUUUUCAUGAAAAUUCCAUCGUUUUUUCACUCAAAUCGAACAAAAAACAUUCAGUCAGCUUAAAAAUAGGUCUUUUAUAAUAAA